AUGAGUAAUUUCGUAGCACGACGCGGUCAGCUUAAAGGUAUAUUGACUAGAUUUUGGAAUUACGUUACGACACCAGAUAAUGAUGUCAAUCAAAUUCACAUUCGAAAAGAAAAAGUAGAAGAAGUUUGGCAAGAGUUUAAUCGAAUACAAGCUGAAAUAGAAUUGGAAAUCGGAGAAGGAGAAAAUAUCAACGAACAUUAUCAAUAUAGAGAAGAAUUCGAAGAACUUUAUUACAAAGCAAUCACAGAAGCAAAUAGAAGAAUCCAUCGAACGGAGAACAUAUCCGGGACGGUCGAAUACAACCGAGAUGAAGAUAGUGAAAGGAAAAUGAAGGAAGUCAACCCGAUGGUAAAACUGGCCGCAUUAAACGUUCCUAUAUUUUCAGGUGUAUAUGCCGAAUGGGCAUCAUUCUACGACAUAUACACCGCGUUAAUCCAUAAUAAUGAUAGCAUAUCUACGAUACAAAAAUUCUUUUACCUACGGUCAUCGUUAUCAGAAGGUGCCGCCGAGUGUAUCAAAAAUAUAGAAACCACGGCAAAUAAUUAUCUAAGUGCAUGGAGUAAUUUAAUAUCCAGAUAUAAUAAUAAGAAAUUAUUGGUACAAACUCAUGUCAGAGCAAUUUGUGACUUGCCCACAGUAAAAGGGAAAUCAUCGUCUAGUUUACGACAAUUUUCCGAUAAUCUACGGGGGCAUUUAGCAGCGUUAAAGACAUUAAAUCAGCGGCCCAGCGAAUGGGGACCACUUUUACUACACGUAGUGUGCUCAAAAUUGGAUACGGAUACGAUAAGCGAAUGGGAGAUAAAAACCCCAAUUGACGAGCUAGCAAAGGUCGACGACCUAAUCGAAUUCUUAGACUCACGUUUUCGCGUAUUAGAAGCGGUCGAAUCGGCAAAAAAUAUGAAUAAGAGCGUAAAUACAGUGUUUGAAUAUAAAAACACGAACCGAAAAAAUAAGUUCGAAAGAAACAGUAUGUCACUAGCGGUAACCGCAGAAAUAAAAUGCUUUAUAUGUAAUCAAUCGCAUACUAUAUAUAAAUGUCCAACGUUCGUUGCAAUGUCAGUAGACAAUCGUAUAAAGAAAACGUACGAGCUCGGUUUGUGUAAGAUUUGUUUACGUCGUCACGAAAAAAGAAAAUGUUUUGCUCGACAUUGUUUUAAAUGUGCCAAAGCUCACAAUACUAUGUUACAUAUCGGAACUGAAUAUCAGAAACUAUCGACAACAACCGCAGUGGGGUCAAGUAGCAACACGGCCGCAACUGAUACGACAGUAAUUACGUCGGUGAACGCACACGCGUCCGUGGCAAUAGAACACGUAUUAUUAUCUACAGCAGUAGUGCUCGCCGUAAAUGUCGACGGAAAUACAUUGCCGUGUAGAGUACUGCUGGACUCCGGCUCUCAGACAAAUUUUAUAACCGAAGAGCUAGUCCAGACAUUGCAUUUAAAAAAGAAUAAAAUCGAGCAUGUUAUUAGUGGUAUUGGUGAAACGUCUCAACGCGCAACAUCGUCCGUAUGGGCAAAAAUAAAAUCACGAAUAAAUGAUUACACGUUAAAUUUGCAAAUGGUAGUGGUACCGAAAAUUACGGGACACUUACCGAACCAUAAUGUCAAAACAAAAUAUAACAUUCCUAAUAACAUUAAGUUAGCAGACCCGUCAUUCAAUGAGCCACAAAAAAUCGACGUAUUAAUAGGCGCCGCGCAUUUUUAUGAUAUUUUACGUGGCGGUCAAAAGCGACCAAACCCGACUGGCCCUUUAUAUCAGGAAACAGUGUUCGGUUGGGUGGCGGCAGGGCCGGUAUUAAUAAAUAGUCACGCAAAUAUGAUGCCAUCGAGUGCGGCAUUUCUUGCGACACAUGGUGUGAUGACAUUAGAACAUUUAUUACAACAGUUUUGGAUAGUCGAAGAUAUGGGGAACGAAGCCACAUAUACACCGGAAGAACGCGCUUGCGAGGACCAUUUUAAUAAAACGGUGACCCGAAGUAAAAUUGACGGACGUUUCGUAGUGAAGCUACCGUUCCGUGAGAAUGCGAAACGUCUGGGGAAGUCAUACGAAAUAGCGAAGCGACGUUUGUUAGUAAUAGAGAGAAAAUUUAAAGGCAAUCAGGAUUUAAAAACAGAAUACAUUAGUUUUAUGGACGAAUAUGAAAGGUUGGGUCAUAUGGAACUAGUAAAUGAAGACACCGAAGUUGAAGGUAAAAUGUGUUACUUACCACACCACGCAGUAAGAAAAGAAGACAGUACUUCGACAAAACUACGUGUUGUAUUUGACGCUUCGUGUAAGACACAGACAGGUGCGAGUUUGAAUGAUGUAUUGAUGAAAGGACCAGCGAUACAAAACGAAAUUAUAUAUAUAUUGGCUCGAUUUCGAACACACAAUUACGUGGUAACAGCCGAUAUAGCCAAGAUGUAUAGGCAAAUAGUAGUAGCAGAGGAACAUCGCGAUUGGCAACGCAUACUAUGGCGAACUAUGCCGGAGGCACUCGUGCAAACCUAUCGUUUAAAUACAGUUACUUACGGUACGGUACCCGCUUCAUACAUAGCAACAGCCUGUCUGAAGAAAUUAGCUGAAACCAAUAGUAUGGAAUACCCUAAAGCUGCAGCAGCUAUCAUUCGCGAUUUUUAUAUGGAUGAUUUUUUAAGUGGGGCGGAAACGAAAGAUGAGGCGGCUACAUUGAUAAGACAACUCAUUGACGUAAUGAAUAGCGCCGGCAUGAAAUUAAGAAAGUGGUCAUCUAACGAUAUAGAUUUGCUUAAAUCUAUUUUACCUGACGAGGAUAUAGAAUUGUCAAAUUAUUAUGAUAUCGGUGGUUCGACAAAGAAAAUUUUAGGGUUGUAUUGGGACGCUCAUACUGAUAAGUUACGGUUUAAGAUGUCGCCGGGAGUGGGCUCGACUACGGCCAUCAGUAAACGUGACAUAUUAUCCGACAUAGCGUCGAUUUUUGACCCGUUAGGUUUGGUAGGACCGGUGGUCAUACGCGCAAAAAUAAUGUUACAAGCCCUAUGGCGAGAAAAGGUGAACUGGGAUGAACCCAUACCGAUUGGUGUGCGUGAAGAGUGGUUAAAAUACCGCAAUUUAUUACCAGCAUUAAAUAACUUAUCGAUAUCACGGAAAAUAUUAGGUGAUUUAAGUGUAGGGCAUAUAGAAAUUCAUGGGUUUUCAGACGCUAGCGAAGUAGCCUACGGUUGUUGUUUGUACGUUCGAUACGCAACCGGCACGGGGUCAUAUUCCACCAGUUUAAUAUGCGCCAAGUCCAAGGUAGCACCAAUAAAGACUUUAUCAAUACCGAGAUUAGAGUUAUGCGCCGCAUUAUUAUUAAGUAGAUUGGCAGCCAAGAUAAUACCCAAAUUGCAAUUAAAUAUAAAACGGAGAUAUUUUUGGACAGAUUCGACCAUCGUACUUGCUUGGAUUUCGUCACCUGCUGCAAAUUGGAAAGUCUUUGUUGGUAAUAGGGUGAGUGAAAUUCAAGAUAAAACUUCUUGUUCUGAAUGGCGUCAUAUCAGUUCAAAGGAAAAUCCUGCGGAUUGUAGAGGAAUUAGAGCAAGCAAAAAUAAGGCUGAUAAAGUUAGUGCAAACGAACAUGGGUUGAUACGGGUAGGCGGCCGUUUGAACAAUGCCACUACCAUCGACACUGAUCAGAAACAUCCGAUAGUGUUACCAGCAGAUAGCGAAUUUACUAAAUGGCGUAGAAUAACUCAAUAUUCCCAACAUCUAUGGCGUCGUUGGAGUAGCGAGUAUUUGGGACAAUUGCAGGAGCGGUCAAAAUGGGCGAGUAAUAAGGGCUCUUGGGUGAAACCUGGCACAGUGGUUUUGGUAAAAGAAGAUAAUCUUCCGGCGUUUCGAUGGCGGCUGGGCAUGAUUACGAGUGUUCAGAGAGGAAGUGACGGUGUAAUUAGAUCUGCUAACGUGAAAACUCAGGAGGGGCAUUACCAACGAGCUGUACAGAAGUUAUGCCCAUUACCAUUCGAGGGAAAUGUAGAAAAUGCUUAG